CUCCCGGCCCGCCCCUCCCGCCGUGCCCGCCCCGCCCCAGCCAUGUCGGCCCCGCGCAGACGCCCCGCGGCCGCGGCCGGGGGGGGGCCCGAGGGGGCGGCCCAGGGGGGAGCCCCCGCCGGAGCCCCCGCGCCCGGCGAUGCGGAGCGGGGCAUGGCGGCCCCGCCGCUCUGCCUGCGCCUGCUGGCCGCCGCCUUCUACGGCCUCAGCUCCUUCCUCAUCGUCGUCGUCAACAAGAGCGUCCUCACCACCUACGGGUUCCCGUCCUCGCUGUGCGUGGGGCUGGGCCAGAUGCUGGCCACGGUGGCCGUGCUCUGGGCGGGGAAGGCGCUGCGGGUGGUCAAGUUCCCUGACCUGGACAGACACAUCCCCCGGCGGACGUUUCCUCUACCUCUGCUGUACUUCGGGAACCAGAUCACCGGGCUGUUCAGCACAAAGAAGCUGAACCUGCCCAUGUUCACGGUCCUGCGGAGGUUUUCCAUCCUCUUCACGAUGUUUGCCGAGGGAUUCUUGCUCAAGAAGAAGUUUUCCUGGAGCAUUCAGAUGACAGUAUUUGCCAUGAUCUUUGGUGCAUUUGUAGCUGCCAGUGCUGACUUGGCAUUCGACCUGGAGGGAUACAUUUUCAUCCUCAUUAACGAUGCCUUAACAGCUGCAAACGGUGCCUACGUGAAGCAGAAGCUGGAUUCCAAGGAGCUGGGGAAGUACGGGCUGCUCUACUACAACGCACUGUUCAUGAUCCUCCCCACCCUCACCAUUGCCUACGUCACUGGAGAUGCACAGAAGGCAGUGGAGUACCAGGGCUGGGCAGACACGUUCUUCCUCGUGCAGUUCACGCUGUCCUGUGUGAUGGGGUUUAUUUUGAUGUAUUCCACGGUUCUUUGCACUCAGUACAACUCUGCUCUUACAACUACAAUAGUUGGCUGCAUUAAGAAUAUUUUAAUAACCUAUAUUGGGAUGUUUUUUGGAGGAGAUUAUAUUUUUACAUGGAUGAACUUCAUUGGUCUAAAUAUCAGUAUUGCUGGAAGCCUGGUGUAUUCCUACAUCACUUUCACCGAGGAGCAGAUGAACAAGGAGCUGGAGGCUGGCAGCAAGAUGGAUAUUAAAGGGAAGAGCUCCGUGUGAGCAGGGAGAGGCUUUUUUUGGGAAGCGACCUCUUUCUGCUCGCUUGAUCGCGGGCAGAGCGUGGGAGGGGCCCGGGGCUCCUGCCACGGGGGUGCUCUUAAUUUGCACAGCCGAGAUUGCUGCCUUCACAAAUCCUUGGGAAGAUCCAUGCAGCCUGCACGGGGAAGGAUGGGCCUAAUUAAGUCUGAUCGGGAGGAAUUAACGGGUUUCUAAUCGAGCUGGAGUUGGCAGCGGCGACGGGCGCGAGCGGCGGGCGGGGCGAGGCCGCGGGUUCUGCUGGCAGGGACGUGCCAGGGGUGUCCCUGCCUGGAUCUGCUCCGUGGGAUCCCUGGAUCUGCUCACCCAGCCUGGCUGGGCGCUGGGGCUGCCUCUGUGCCCAGCCUGCUCCCUCUGGAAGUUCGGGAAUGCCGAGGCACCGCGCAGGAUGCGAGCGCCGGCGUUCCCUGGAAGCUGCUCCUGGAUGAACGUUCAGUGCUCUCUGGACUGAAUUUUUAGCUGUUUUCUGUUUCACUUUCUGUUUCUUUGGUCUGUUAACCCACUUUUCAAGCUGGGUUUGCCCUCCUGGCUUUGUCAGAGCCUGUGUUCACCCCUGGCUUCCCGAGGCUUGGCGGAUUUUCCUGGCGCUGCUGAGCUCUGCAGCCCCUCACUCCAGCCCUGGAUUUGGGAAAGCUGCUGCCAAGAUGCACCAGGGAGAAGCUGCUGGGAUCACAGGAGAGCUUGUCCUGCCUGCCCAGAACAUCCAGGGAAUCUGCAAAGCCUGCAGCUCCCACCCCUGGGAGGGCACAAGGACUUAAAUCUUCUUUUUUGGCAAGUACAGGGGGCCCACAGUUCUUGUUUUCCAUGGAGUGAAUGACCCUGGGUUUGUGACCCACUGAAAGAAUGGGAAUUGUAACACACUGGGCAGUGUUCAGUGAUUUUUGAAGGUUGUCUGACCCAGCACUCCUUUCCAGGGCUUGUCUUUUGGUUUAAAAAGAAUUGUUUUUAAGCUUGGCUAAAAAACUUGUAGUAAAUAAUGUACUCAGAGGUUUUUGUACCCUAACAGCUUCUCCAGGCGCUGGCAGUGGGGUUUUCAGGAGAUGCUGAGGCUGGAACUGCUGUUGGGCAAAGCUGCAUUUGUUGGGGUUUCUUGGAAGGUUUUGUGUGGGAAGGAGAUUUUGUGUGUGGGUGCAGCUCCAGCCCGGCGUGCUGGGGAAGCUGUGGAGCGAUUCCAGGGCCACAAUUCCCCUUUUUCCUAUGGAAUUUUGUGCUCUCUGUAGGGACAAGGGGCAGUUGGGGUGUCCUGGAGCAGCCUCAGCGCGUUCCCCCUCCGAGCACAGUAAAGAAGAAAUCCCUGCUUGUUUUGGCUCCCAAAAUUCCAGCAAAACCUCGGCUUUGCCCCAGGGAGGGAGGGUGGCAAACCCUUCCUGCUGUGCACAAGCCCCCAGUCCCUGUCUGGUUCCAUACUGGUUCCAUACUGGUUCCAUACUGGUUCCAUACUGGUUCCAUACUGGUUCCCAGUACCCAGGUGCUGCUGGGGUUGCUCCCCCUGCUCCUGCCUCUUGCUGCAGCAUUCCCAAAUUCCCAAAUCCCUUUUUUCCCCCCGUGUGCUCCGACUCCGCCGUGCUGAGUUCACAGCCAGGAGGUUGAUUCUGACAGAGGUCUGUUUUUAAUGAUUUUCUGUUUAUUUUUGAAUCUACUGGUUAGAUUUGCAGUCCUGACAGGGAAGGAUUUUUAAAGCUUAUUUUGGCCAUGCUGGGAUCCUGCUGGAUCCUAAAUACUGGGAAAGCCAAGAAUUCCUCUAACAGUAUUUUCUAUGCUAUUAAUUGACUUUAGAAAAAGUUUUCUAUAGAGAAUCUAUUUACAAAAUGAGCAUUUUAGUGAUGAAAAUCUGAAUGUAUGGCAGGCUGUGGAUGUGAGGAAUGAGAGCAGAAAGGAUUUAUGUGCCUCUGUAUUUUUGUAUUUGCUUCCAAUAAACCAAUGAACCAAA